AGUCAUCGUUUUUCGCUCGACUUUAACGGUUCUCGUGGGGAUUUAAUUCCAAUUCCAGCCUGCAAAACAAAAAGAAAAAGACGCGGAGUGCCAAGCGAUUAAACUAUUACUCUCACUUGUUAAUUGCACAGUUAACACAGUUAGUUUUUGCAUCCAGUUAAGAGAGAGACAGAGAAAGGGUAGAAGAGAAAGAAAGAGACCACCCGCGCGGUUGGCAAAAACAGAAAAAGGAAAAAUAUUUACACUAGCCAACUAAAGGAGGAUCAGCCUAAAAGAAAAAUGGGUAAAGCUCAGAGCAAGCGUUCAAUCGACAUCACCACCGAUCCCAAGAAGGUCGGCGAGGGCGAUGAGGUGGCCGGCAAGGUGGAGAAGAUUGAUGUGGACCAGAAGACGGACGCACCGGCGGUGAAUGGGGAUGCUGCCACGCCCAAAGAGGGAGGCGAUGAAGCGGCGACAGGAGAGAAAAAGGAAACGGAGGAGCAUUCCGAGAACGACAAAGAUCUGACCACCGAAAAGAGUGCCGCAGCUGCUGAGGGUGGCGAUGCGGCCGCCGUUGAAACUGCCAAGGGCGAGGAGGGCUCCCCCAAGGAGGGCGCCGCUGGCGAGGACAUCACCCCGCUGGCCGACGAAAGCAUCAAGUCCAAGUCCAAGAAGGACAAGGUCAAAAAGAAGUGGUCCUUCCGCAGCAUCUCCUUUGGCAAGAAGGACAAACAGAAGCCGGCCAAGUCGGAGGAGGCUGUCUCGCCUACCUCUGGCACAACGUCGCCCACGACGGCCGAAGCAGAAGCUGCUCCUGCCGCAGAUGGUGCUGCCGCGGAGCCAGCGGCUGCCACAAAUGGUGAGGCCGACAAGCCAGCUGAGAAUGCCACUGCCGAGAGCAGCAGCGAUGCGGCGUCCAAGGAUGAGGCCAAGCCCGCCGAGAACGGAUCGGCGAGCGAGCAGGAGAAACAGGCCAACGGAGAAGCCGAGAAGGCGGCGCCAGCACCAGCCACAGUUGUUGAGGAAGCGGCAAAGCCCAAACCCGUCGAGGAACCAGCCACAGUCACUGCCACCGAGUCGAACACCACUGCCACUGCCACCGCCACUGUAACUGCCACCGAAGAAGUUGCCGUGAAAGAGAGUUCCCAGCCAGAGCCCGAAGUGGUUACCAAUGGACAUGGAGCCGGAGAGGCGCUGACCAAUGGAUCAAGCAAUGGACACGCCGAAUCCCCGGUGGCCGAGACCGCACCAGCCGCUGACAACAUUCCAAGCAACAACGUUGAUGACGAGCAGCCGCACCAGAAUGGCACCAAUGGCACCACCACGCCCCCGCCCACUCCCGUGGCCGUUGAGACCGAGAAGGGACAGCAAAUUGAGGUAAACAACACAGCAAACACAAGAACAGACAGCACCACACAACAACACAACAGCAAAAACUCCACUGUAAAUACAAGUACAACAACAACAACUAAAACCACAACUGAAAUCACAGAGAACACUGCACUAAAACAAAUAAGUACCGAAACAAGCACUGUGACCGAGACCGUUGUAGCAGCCGCAGAGUUAGUUCAGACCCAAACAAUCCUAACCAAAACAACCAACACGAUCCUUCCCACCUCCCACACGCAGGCCAGCAACGAACUGAUUGAAGCAGCAGUAGCAGCAGUGGCAGCAGAGACCACCACCAGCAGCAGCCAGGCGGAGGAGGAAGUUGUGGCGGCGAUCAUCAAGGCGGUUAGCAGCGAACUAGAAGCCGAAACGGAGACUGAGACGGAGGCCGAGGGAUUCGUGGUUGUUGCUCCUGUGUCCACCGAAGUCCAAGUCCCUGUUUCCACUUUACCUGUUGAACCCGUGGUUGAAGUUCCCCAAGUGGAAACCGAAUUGGUGGCUCAAGUUCCCGAAGUUGAAAUUGAAUCCGUGGAUCAAUCCGUUCCUGAAGCACAAACUGAAGUUCCCGAAGUUGAAGCCGAAUCCGUUCUUGUGGAGACUUUGAGCAGCAGUCCGCCGCCUCCAUUGCCCAAAUCCCCGCCUCCAUCUCGCGUCUCCGCCUUUGUCCUGUCCGAUGAAGUUAUCGAGGAGCAGGUUACCCCAAAAACACCCGAAGUAAACCGCGAUGAAAUCGAACAGGAAGCCAUCAGCAUUGUGGCCGAGAUUACCGAACAGGCGGCAGAAAUUGUCACCGAAAAGGAGAAACAAGAAGAGGAUGCCAAGGAGCAGGAAGAAGAGGAGUCUGUUCCUGAAGUAGUUGAGGGGACUGUAUCUCUGGUAGAAAUUGAGCAGACUGUAUCCCCGGUAGAAGUUGAGGAAGUCAAAGCAGUUGAAAGCGAAGAAGUCACGGCUCCCUCUCCAACAGCUGAUAUUGUACAGGAAACCAUUGAAGAUCAAGCCACAUCCGAUGAAGAAGAAUCUGUCCCAGUUCCUGCUCCCACUCCCAUUGAUCCUGCGGAUGUAGUUUCCGCUGUUUUGGAAGAGGAAAAUAUUGCAGUCACGGAAUCUGUAGAUUCCGAAGUACUGAAGGAAACUAUUAGCAUCAGCUCCACUGAAGAAUUUGCUGAUGAGCAGGCGGCAAACGAAAAUCAGGCUGAAACCAUCCUGUUGGAACAACCAGAACCUGUUGAGGAGGAAAUAUCGGAGCAAGAAGUCAUAUCCGAGGAUGCGCAUAGCGAUAACGAUAAGGAGAACGAAAACGAAAGCGACCUGGUGGGAAAAAUCAUUAGCGAUCUGGAUGCCCCGGUCGCCAAAGCUGGUGUCGAUCUUCUGGCAGAGUUGGAUGUGAGACCCGCGACGGAUCAGGAGGGCGAGAGCAACAACAAGGUGGAUCUCGCCAAGGAUCUGAAGGAGAAGAAUGCCGCGGCAGACGUUACAACACAGGAACAACUGCCCGUUACAUGCGAAUAAUCCUACUCAUAAUUAUUAUAUAUAAUAUUACAUAUUAUUAAAAAACAAAAACAAAACAACAAACGAUACAAGCAACAACAAAAGAACGCAACGUAAAACAACAAACAAUUACAAGAUAAACGAGAUAAAAACAAAAGAAAACAAAACAAAAAACAAGUAAAAAAUACAUUUUUAAACAUUUACAUAUUUUAAAUACUUUUUGUACGAACUUCAUAUCCCUUAAUCCAAGAUAUACGCAAGCGAAAAGUCAGAGUUACAUCCACACUACCACUGCAACCACCACACCCCACUCAAACACCACCCACGCGUGGCAUCAAUAGUUUUGUAUUGGUGCCCCUGAAUUCCAGAUCGGGGAAGUCCCCCAAAAAACACAUCCAUCACCCAUCAAGCACACACAUCCACCACACAUGCGCAUACAUACCAUUCUCAUAUUGAUGAUCUUGAUAGAAACAAAAAAAAAAAGAAUCAACAAAUCAUAUACGAUGAAAAGAUGAAAGUGAGGAGAAUUUUUUGAAUAAUUUCUACUAUACAUUUAACUGUAAGUUCGAAGAAAUUUGUAAAGAAUUUUUGGACGAAAUAUUGGAUAAAAUAUAUAUUAUAAAAUAUAAAA